UUUUUAUAUUUGAGGCCCUUUCGCUUUAGUCUGGUCUGCCUUUCCUAUCCCUUUACUCGAAGUUCUAUCCGUGUUCGUGUUCUAGAUAGAAGAAUAAUAACUAUCGUAAAAUAAUAAUAGAAUUUCUUACCGGUGGGUAUUAGAAAAAAAUAUUCAGACUGAGUCAAAGACUCAGCACUUCCCUUCUUAUAUAUGGACUCAUCUUCCCAUAUUGCUUCACAUUCAAUGGCUUCUUCUUCUUCUUUUCCUGUUCUUCUUCUUCAUCUUCUUCUUCUUCUUCUUCUUCUUCUUCUGCCAUUCUAUUCCGUUUCCCAGCCCCACAAAAACAUAACUCUGGGUUCAUCUCUCACUGCAAAUCCACGCACCAGAACCAACAAUGGCGAUUACUGGUCCUCUCCCUCCGGCGACUUCGCUUUCGGCUUCUUACAGUUCGGAAGCGACGGCUUUCUCUUAGCCAUUUGGUUCAACAAAAUCCCAGAAAGAACUGUGGUCUGGUCGGCCAAUAGAAACGAACUGGUGCCCCACGGAUCCACCGUCCAACUCACCUCUCCUGGUCAGCUCCUGCUCAAGAACUCAAGAACAGGCAACCAAAUAUGGAGCACUAGUUCACCAAAUGAUAAUCAAACACUAGUUUCUUAUGCUGCCAUGCUCGACACGGGAAACUUCGUCCUUGCUUCCAAUGAUUCCCAAAUUUUGUGGCAAUCCUUUGACGAACCCACUGAUACCAUUUUACCAUCGCAGAUUAUGAACCAGAAAUCGCUCAUUGCGAGUCAAUCAGCCACAAAUUUCUCAGAGGGGAGAUUUCAAUUUUCUAUGCGAUUUGAUGGGAAUCUCGUGCUUAACACAAGAAUUGCCCCUUUGGGUGCUCUUGGGACGGCUUAUUGGGCAAGUGACACUGUAAAUUCUGGGUUCCAGCUUGUUUUUAAUCUAUCUGGCUCUAUUUAUUUCUCUGCAAAAAAUGGAACUAUGAUAAGCAAUUUAAUCUCCCCCAGUUCUUAUUCAAAUGAGGAUUUCUACCAUCGAGCCAUUCUGGAUUAUGAUGGCGUUUUCAGGCAAUAUGUGUAUCCAAAGAGCGAGAACGCUACUCCUGAAGGUAAGUCUUGGAUUAGUCUCUCAGAUUUCAUUCCUUCAAAUAUCUGUGAUAGAAUAGUUAGUGGGUUAGGAAGUGGAGUAUGUGGGUAUAAUAGCUAUUGUGAAACUGACGAAAAUCAGAGACCAUCUUGCAAAUGCCCACAAGGGUAUCGAAGAGUUGAUCCAAAAGAUGAAAUGAAAGGCUGCAGUCCAAAUUUUGUUCCUCAAACAUGCGAGGAUUCUGUUCUUGAAGCAAAUGAAUUCGAUUUUUUUGUCAUUGACGAGGCAGAUUGGCCUGGCAUUGAUUAUAUGGGAUACUCAGGGAAAGAUGACGAUUGGUGUAGAACAGCUUGUUUGAAUGAUUGUUUUUGUGCUGCUGUGGUUUCUGAAUCAGGGAAUUGUUGGAGGAAGAAGUUUCCUCUUUCAUUUGGAAGAGUUAACCGCGAUUUCAGCGGUAAAUCUUUGAUCAAAUAUAGGAAGGAUAACUCUAGCUUGAUAGCUACUGAUCUUGUCAUGAGCUAUAAGGACAAAACAUUUGUAGCUACUGGAUUAGCUCUUAUUGGUAUCUCAGGUUGUCUGAUUUUCAUGUUCUUGCUGGUUGGUUUUCUGAUUGUUUGUUGUCCGGGUAAGAACAGAUAUCGAUCCAUGGUUAUCGCAGGAAAGCUACCAGUUCUUGGAAUGAACCUGAGAAGUUUUAGCUAUGAAGAGCUAAACAAGGCCACAAAUGGGUUCAAAGAGAAGCUGGGAAGUGGUGCUUUUGCCACUGUUUAUAAAGGGAUUGUUGACUCCAUGAACAACAGCUUGGUGGCUGUUAAGCUCUUGGACAAUACAGUGAAAGAAGCAGACCAAGAAUUCAAAGCUGAGGUCAGUGCUAUAGCUCGAACAAACCACAAGAAUUUGGUUCGAUUGCUCGGUUUCUGCAAUGAACAGCUACACAGACUGCUAGUUUAUGAGUUCAUGCCUAAUGGGUCUCUAGCAGAUUUUCUAUAUGGACCCCCUUCAAACUGGAACAAGAGAAUUCAUCUGGCUAUAGGAACUGCUAGAGGGCUUAAUUAUUUACACGAAGGGUGCAAAACUCAGAUAAUUCACUGUGAUAUUAAGCCUCAAAACAUCCUUAUUGAUGACACUUUUUCUGCAAGAAUUGCGGACUUUGGUUUAGCCAAAUUCUUGAAGAAAGACCAGACUCGAACCAUGACCGCCAUUAGAGGAACGAAAGGGUAUGUGGCUCCAGAAUGGUUCAGGAACCUCCCGAUUACAGUGAAGGUCGAUGUUUAUAGCUUUGGAAUUGUGCUGUUGGAGAUCGUUUGUUGCAGAAGAAGCUUUGAAAUGAAAGCGGAGGCUGAGGAUGAAAUGGUAUUGGCUGAUUGGGCCUAUGAUUGCUUGAUAUCAAGGAAAGUUGAAAGGUUAGUAAGAAAAGAUGAGGAAGCUAAGAAGGAUAUGAAAAUGGUGGAGAAAUUGGUUACCGUUGCCAUUUGGUGCAUUCAAGAGGAGCCAUCGUUUAGGCCAUCCAUGAAGAAAGUUCUACAGAUGCUUGAAGGUGUUCUUCAAGUUCCAGCUCCUCCUCAUCCAUCUUCAUUCAUCACCACAAUUUAGUCAUUCUCAAGCUAUCU